AUGGCACGGCUGGAUGUCACAGAGACCUUUCAUGGCAUUAUGUUUCCUGGACAUUUGCAUACCCAGGAUUCUUUGAGCUAUGCUACUGACUUUAAAUUUCAGGAUACAGACACUUUAAUUGUCACCUACCCCAAAUCAGGAACAACAUGGAUGCAGGAGAUUGUCACUUUAAUGAGAUGUAAAGGACAUCCUGAAACAUCUAAGGCCAAGCCUAACUGGGCACGGGCACCAUGGAUUGAGCAGCACUACUGCCCAGAUGUUCUAAGUGCUUCACAGGGACCUCGUCUCCUCACCACACAUCUGCCAUAUCAGCUGCUGGCCAAUGCACUGCACGGCUCCAAGGCUAAGGUCUUAUAUUUGGCAAGAAACCCUAAAGAUGUGUUGGUAUCCUAUUACCACUUCCAUAAGAUGGCCAAGUUUUUGUCAGCAUCAGAGUCAUUCCCAGGGUUCCUGAGUGCUUUUCUGAAUGGAAAAUUGCAUUAUGGCUCAUGGUUUGAUCAUGUGAAAGACUGGACCAGCAAUUCAAAAAACAUUCAAAACUUUCUCUAUGUUACAUAUGAAGAGAUGUGGAUGGACCUACCAAGGUCUGUGCAGAAAGUGAGCCAGUUCCUAGUGUGCCCUCUGCUGGAGGAGGAGCUAACCAACAUCCAGAAGGUCUGCAGCUUUAACAGCAUGAAAGAAAACAGCAUGGUUAACUAUACACUCAUUUCACAAGAUAUCAUGGACCACAGCAAGAGCAGGUUCAUGAGAAAAGGUGAAAUUGGAGACUGGGUUAACACAUUCUCCAUGGAACAAAAUCGUAAAUUUGAUGACGUGUAUGCUUCCAAGAUGGCAGACUCCUCUCUGACAUUUGUGUGGUACAAGCCUGGACAGGAGACCUUUUCGAAAUCUGGGAUGGAAAUUGACAUUAAGCCGCUAACAUAAAUUUCUGUGUGUCUCUUUGUUUACAACUGUUUAUUGAGCUUUUAAAGCUAAACAGUAAAAUUCCAGACGCAUAAAUGGAAAUCUUUUUGUUCAUGUAGAGAAGUAGUUCCUUAUUUUACAGGAAAUGCCUUAAUCUAUAUAAUCAAUGCUAUAGCUUUUUAUGCAGUAUCCUCACACAGUUGUGCUGUUCUAAUUAUAUAUUUAUAUGCUAUGUGGCUGCUUGGGUGGCACAGCGGUAAAUUAUGCUAGCCCAUUACUGCUGCGAUCCAGGGUUCGAAUCCCCAGUGGUAAUCCCCAGUCAGGUGUCUACAUACAGGCAUGAUUGGCUAUGUCUG